AUGUUGAGUAUUAUUGGUCAUCUGGUGAAUAAAGUCAUGAAGUAUAAUAUAUACAAUGAAAUUCCAAUUUCUAGCGUCAGUGCAAAUGGGCCGGCGAGCAUGCAGCAAUCAACAUAUAAUGAAACACGAAAAGUAUCCAGUUCAGAGUUGAUGAAUUCUGUUUCUAAGGCAAAAGUUGUUCUUGCCGAAGCUUCAUAUUUGUUGGAUCUGUCUGAGAACUAUGUCAAGUGCCCAAGCGAGAGAACUGCCAAGCCGUUGAAACUAUUUUUGAAAAAAGCGGCUCAUAACGAACUUUUUACACCAGACGAAAACGAAUUUUUUUUAGACAUGUUACGUAGCCUUUCAAUUGAUAAGUGUUCCGUGGACGACAAGGAAAGCUUCAUCUCGGCAAAUAGAGAUUUAGACAACGAUGUUGAUUUACAUUCUCAACCAAAUAGUAUUUUGGAAGAAACUUCUCAAGUACAUUCAGUAAACGAAAAAUCGUCUUUUCUCGCACCAAAUUUAGGAGGAAACCAGAAAAAUUUUGAAAGCGAUCAAUCUAGUAAUCUCAAAAAUCUAGGAAAUGUACCAGAGGAUUUUGAGAAUAUUUUGAUCAAGCAAGUUUCUGAUAAAAUUCCGACUCAAGAGAAAGAUUUCGUAAGUUCAGAUGAAGAUUCUUCAUUCAGUCCAUUAUGUUACAAAGAUAAAAGAAACAAGAAACCCGAACGCGAAAUAUCCAAAGAUUCGAGAAUGGUAUAUUCUGUAAUUCCACAACUUAACAAAGGAGAGCGAGACAGACGGAUUCACGCAUACCCUAAAUAUUCCGGUAAAGAAAGAGAGUUGAAGUCGGAAAAAAUGAUAGAAGAAAACGCAUUGAAAUCAAGGAAUUCCAUUCAAUUCCCGAAACCACCAGCCCAGAUGAUACUUCUCAAGGUGAAGGACCUGGAACAGGAAAACCUUUCUCUUAAAAGUCAAAUGAAAUUAUUAGAAACUGAAUACAAAGAUAUUUUGGCUGAGCUUGGGCAAAUUGCCGUUGAGAAAAAUGCAAAGGAAAACGAAGAUAAAAAAUCUGAACUCUUUCAACAAAUUUUUCGUCCCGCAUUGUCUGAAGCUACUACUAUGCCUUCCAGCAAUGACAGACCAAUUAAUAAUAUGAAUGUAAGUGGCUGUCUAAACAGGUUCCUAAAACCUCAAACCAUGCACCAAAAGGAUGAUGUACCAUCAGUUACCUAUCCUUCCACUUCUAGACAACAACCUGCCAAAGAGGCAGAUACCUUGGUGCAACGAAGUAAUCAUCAACCAAGAAAAGAAGAGAUGGUCACCAGUGACAUAGACCUAAGCAAAACUCAAAAAGGGGACCAACGGAAAACUAAAGUAUCAAACUUCAGUAAUAACAACGAAAAUCAAACUCCACCAACGCAAAACUCAUCGACUAACACAUCGAGAAAGAAGGCAAGAGGCGGAAAGGAAAUAAAUCAAUCUGAGAAUGUCCAGGGACCCAGUGGUUUAGCAUCUACACCCCAGCAAAGCUUUUUUGGAACAGAGUGCGUAUCGCUUGGUAAUGUACCACCAACAUCUGUUGCAACAACUUUAUACAACAACUACAAGCUCCUGUUACUAUCCCUGGGUCAAAGACUUCUUUCCGGCGAUGUCGUAAAACUGAAGAACUGGGCAAGUCAGAAUUUUGCAAUCAACAACCCACAGAAUGCUACUGAUAUUCUCCUUCAACUUGAUCAAAAAGGAGUUGUCAAUGCUUCCAAUCUAAGUCAACUUUGUAAUUUCUUCGAAUCUAUUGUCAGAAUUGACCUAGUGUGUAUUAUUGAUGCAUUUGUCCUUGGUGAUUUUAGUUUACUUCGCCUGACCCUAGCACCUAAAAAGCAAGCAGCAAAUCCAGGACAAAUCCCCACGUCUCAAUCCUCUACAAAUCCAAUGUAUCAAAGUGUGUUCAAUCCAUUGAACACCAGCCAAUCUUUGGUCAAUCAAGCUGCUAGAGAUACAUUACAAACCACUCGAGGAAGAAAUCCAGCACCUUCGAGAAAACCAGGAAAAUGUAAUGGAGCAAAACGAUCUCUGCCUGAGCAAACACAACUGGCAGCUUGCCGAAAUUCGUCAGAUACACACACUCCAACACACUUCCCUAGGUCUCUAAACAAAAACCUGUCCACGGCUUCUGAACAGCAAAACCUUCAACCUGCUACUGGUUUUGCCGCAAGGCUGUCCGAUGAAGUUGCUUCUGAUGGUUCUGUUACAAGUAUGUGUUUUUUAUCUUUUUGA